AUGCUCGCCCAAUCCGGUUCCGGGAUGAAAGUUGUGAUGAUCGAUGAGGAAACAAUAAACAUCUUAAGCGUAGUUAUGUCAAUGUCGGAGAUUAUGCAGCAUGAAGUUUACCUUGUCGAAAGAAUUUCCGUCCCUCGUGAGCCCAUUAAACACUUGAAAUGCAUAUGUUUUUUACGUCCAACUAAAUCUAAUAUAUCUCAUUUAUGUCGAGAGCUCAAUCAACCAAACUAUACUUCAUAUUAUCUAUAUUUUACAAAUGCCUUGCCCAAAUCUGCUCUCAAGCUUCUCGCUGAGGCCGAUGAUCACGAGGUAGUCUCUGACGUUCAAGAAUUUUACGCUGAUUUCGUUGCUCUGUCACCGUUUUUGUAUGUAUUUGAUUUACCAGUUUCUUUAAAUGUGAAGUACGAAAUACGCCCGGACGUUUUGACUCGUAGCACUGCAGGCCUAUCCAGUGUUUUAUUAGCGAUACGUCGCUGUCCAAUUAUCAGAUACCAGAGUUCUUCAGAUGUUUGUCGUCAGUUUUCAGAGUCUCUGAGGUCUAUUAUCUCUAGAGAGGCAAUUCUUUUUGAUUUUCGACAGGUCGAAUGUCCCACACUCUUAAUUUUAGACAGACGUCAAGAUCCAGUCUCGCCCCUUCUCAGCCAAUGGACUUAUGAAGCGAUGGUUCACGAGCUAAUUGGGAUAAAGCAUAACAAAGUCAAUCUUAACAGAGCUCCCGGUGUUCGAGAUGGCCUAAAUGAGAUUACUUUAUCCAGGGAAUUCGAUGAAUUUUAUAGAGACAAUCAGUUUUCUGGAUUUGGUGAAAUUGGAUCUGCAAUCAAGCGACUGGUUGAAAGCUUUCAAGCAACAUCGCAACUAGUCGAUACAAAGAGUGUAGAGUCCAUACAGGAUCUCAAAAAUUUUCUUGAGAACUAUCCGUCCUUCAGAAAAGCCUCUGGAACAGUUGAAACUCACGUUGCUCUCGUUUCUGAGCUUUCGCGAAUUGUAAAAGAGCAUGCCUUAUUAGAA